AUGCCAAAGAGAUACUGCGUUGCCCCGAUUCAGUCCGGCAUACUCACCCGCAAACAUACAACUCCCAAUGAUGGUUGGGAGCCAACACAAGAUGAACCCGCAUUCUCAUCUCAGAAUGUCUCGCCACGACGCUUUCGUGCCCAUAUCGUGAAGACAAAACUCGCUUGGACUACCGACAGAAAGCUGCUUUCACACACAUUCAGGAUGGAUCAAGUACUCCCAAACAUGUACUUUUGUGUGUGGGAUAUCAUCUACGCAACUGGCUUCGUCGUUGUUGGCAUUUGCAGCAUGAAGAUAGUCGGGUACAUGUUCUCAGCCGACGUGACGGCAGAGACGGUGGUGCUGGUGAUAGCAACUUCAGCGACUAUAUAUGUCCUGCCAGACGCGAGCAACAUACCGGCGGUUGUUCAGCAGCAACCAUCGGCGGCCUGA